GUACUUCAAUAUUGGCUGUCUAUAUCUGCAUAUCUAGGUACAUAUAUAUGUACCUAAGUAUCUCUAAAUGAUUACCCGUCUUUGUACCUAUAGGUAACACAUCUGUGUCACCUAUGAUCUCAAAUCGCAAUUGCGUCUUCUGCCGUCAUCCCCUUAGUGCAAUUCCCGGACCGGCAUCAUACACCAAAAUUUCGCCGACAACCUUCAUCCGAUACAAAGAUAACACACUAUAACCACACUAUACUAAGACGUACCUACUUAUCUAACUAGAUAGGCAAGCAGGGUAGGGGUAGUUCUUUCGAAUGACAAAAAAACCGGGGUAACAAGACAAGAUUUGUAUUACCAUAUGACAAAUCCAAUUCGCCAUCUUCGACCCUUCGAUCCUUCUGUUUCUGUCAUUGUACCGAAACGGGGUGUAACUGUAUAUAAAUCAACUUGCCCCACCAUCUUCACCCUCGGUUCUUCUUUUUGAUAGAUAUUCUCAUGCUUUCUUUCCGCAGACUCUUCACAUCCACACCUGUAUUAUCGCACAUCAUGGCCGACGCAAAGACCAAAGCUCAAAGCAUCAUUGACGAGAAUGCCGUCGCUGUAUUCUCCAAAAGUUACUGCCCAUACUGCAGCGCCUCCAAACGACUCCUCGACAGUUUCGGUACAAAGUACAAGGUAGUCGAGUUGGAUGAAGUACCCGACGGAUCUGCUAUUCAAGAUGCGCUAAGGGAGAUCUCGAGCCAAACCACCGUCCCCAAUAUCUGGAUUGGCAAAAAGCACAUCGGCGGCAACUCGGACCUCCAGGGCAAGAACAAAGACGAACUCAAGAAUCUUCUAGUCGAAGUCGGCGCUCUAUGACUCCAUGGACCUCAAUCAAAGCUGUGAUUACGUCAUAGAAGCUAUCGAGCCACAAACGACGGCAACCGUUAUUCUGAAGGCUUUCGGUGAUAGGCGUGAUACCAAGAAAUGCGCUACGGUUAACGCUCGAGGGGCUACCCCUGAAGUUGUCCUUCUCGAUUAGCAUAUACAACAAGCGAGUUAUCGUCAAUUAGGUCACCAAUAGAUACCAAACAUGCGCUAGAAAUAAAAUAUCAAAUUUCUAUAAUUCAAUCCUGCGAAUUGUAGUUGGCGUCAGCGUUUAUAUAUAUCUUGAUCUCAACGCAUAGCCAAAUGUGUCCGAGCCAAUGAUUAUGAGCGGGUUCGGACACUAUUCGGAAUAUAAAUAUAGCUCACCCUUGCAUGCCCGCUACCGUAUACCAAAACCCUGCGGAAAUCUUGCUCUACGUAGUUUAGAUUAUUUUCAACGUUGUCUAGAGCAUGGGAAUCGGGUUGGAUCCAAGAGCUUAUUUGAACCUCUUUCUAUAUCCUUGAGCGAAUCCUCUAAGCGGGCAAAUUGAAUUAGGCGGAUCUACGGACGUUUAUCCAAUAACGAAGGAAUAUCAGGGGAUGUUAUUCACUAUAACCCUUUCGGACACUCUUUGAGAUGGAUCGAGCAGGUUUUCAUACCUUAGUGUUGAGCGUAGGUUCACGUGUAAGGAUCUAGAACUACCACUGGACUAGCUAGUCCAUGAAGGAUCAAGGUAACCAUAGGUAUUUGAGA